GUCUUUAUAUAUAAAGAAAGCAUUGUAUCUCUCCUGGGCAUGCCAGCUCAGAUGCCACGUCGGAAAUAGAAGCUCUCUUGCGCUGCCACGUCGGAUCCGCGCCGUUUCAUAAAACUAUGUGUUUCGUGGGCUUUUAUUUGUUCUGGGCUUUAAAUUUGUUCAACUCGGUGAGCAGGCAAUAAGUGUCUACGAUUGUAAACGCGGCUCUGAACGUAGCUUGCGUAUUAGGGUUUCUGAUUAGCUUUUUGUCACCUACAUUUGAUGUCGACACAGAACCAGAGUUAUAGAGAUUUGUUUCAGCUUCUUGCCAACGAUUUAUACCAGGCGGUGGAACUCCGAUUAUAAAAAAAAUGGCUAAAGCAGCGAUCUUCUUUUCCGAUCUGAAGACCGAACGAUGCUCCUCCACCGUUCAAGUCCGGUACCGAUUCAGGGAGGCCAGAAACGUCCCGGCGCGGCGGCGAACGCAUGGGAGUUGAUAUGUUUCUGCUUGAUUCCCAGGUAUGUUAUGUUCCUCCGCUGUAGUUUGUUCUGUUCCUCCAAAACUAGAUUGGUUUUUUUUUACAGUACCGGCAGCAUUCUACAGCGCUCUAAGUAGUAUGCCUAAGAUAUUUGAUCCCUACUCGAGUUAUAUCGGAGACGGCAGAUGGAGAACGGAUGUUUUGCAUUUCUCAAAGUGUUUUUUUUUUGAAAAAAAUCAUCUCACCAAUCUUUCCCUGUAAAUUCGAGAGUUUCAUCUGUGGUGAUAAUCAUGGAUUUUAGAUUAAUUGGGUUCUCAUUUACAAGCAUAUGCGUCAUUUAUUCCAUUCCAAGAGACGUGUACUCUAUCUAUUAUCUCCAUUUGGUGAUUUUAAUCUUAAAGUUCUGUUUCAGAUUUGAUGAUUGAUACAUUCAGUAAAAAAAUGUUUUAGUUUGAAUAGUUUAUCUUCAAGUUAGUAAGUGCUUUCAACUGUUGUUUACGGUUUGAAGUCAAGGGAGUCUCUAAACUUUUUAUUCGUACGCUUUCUGCAGCAAAAGCUCCUGCAGCGCUUCCACCAUCAAGAUAUGUGUUUUGUAUUUUUAAGUCAUGGGUUUUCUGCAAGUACUCCUCUACACAACAGCAUCACAAAUUGAGGAUUUAUAGGAACUUCUGCCCGGAACAUGGAAAACCUUGACAGCACACCGAGGCUGAAAGCUAGCUUCAAUUUGUAGAAAGAACGCUGGGUAGAAACAUCUGUCUCCCAUUGCACCAACUACAUUCGGGAUACGACGGUUGAUGCUUUAAAAACCUUCGUCUGCGAAACUGGUGCCGGGAAACAUGUUCCCAGAGCUCUAUUUAUUGAUCUCGAGCCCACUGUUGCGGUUAUGGUCCACCUAACGAAUCUCGAACAUAUUAAUGAGAACCACAUGCAUUAAGGAACAUAAGGAUUUGGUAAUGAGUAAUCUGGCGAGCCCACUACCAGCACGAAGAAAGGAGCAAAAUGUGGUGGCGACGGAAUCAGAGCAGAUACACGUGUCACACAUGAUGUGUGAUCUGUUUGGAUGAUGUCGAUGUAAACAUCGUUAGGAUUCUGGUGGGAUGCAAGCGUGUGUUAGUAAAGGAUAAAAUUUUAGGGCUUAAAUAUUUGGUAUCAUGCAGUUUUGAUAUUCUUCCGUUUACUUUCGGAUUAACGAGAAAUCUUUUUCAACUCUUAUUAGUUAGUGACAAACACUCGAGUUGCUAUUUCUUUGUGGUAAUUAUUUUCUACCGUCUAGAUCAUGACCUAGCCUCAGUUUGGUCUUUCAUAUUUUUUAUCUGUAUUCUUAUAAUCUUAUAGAAAGAUUGGUGAUAUUUUUUUGAACUUCGGGAUCAAUAUAUACGUUUGCCUUUCUUAUAUAGUCUUCUACAUUUAUAAAUCCUCUCAUAAACAAAAAAAAUCCAUGCAGACAUAAUCACUAGAUUCGUAUUAUAUAUAAACUAAACAAUGAUUUGAUGAAGUAGUAUUAAAAACUAUGAACUAGAAAAUUUACAUGGAGAAUUUCUAGAUUCCUGUACUAUAAUUUUUGCAUGAACCAUUUUCAGAUUUAAAAAUCCAUGCAGACAUAAUCACUAGGUGUUCCGUGCAGACAUAAUCAUUUUAUAAUUAUUUAUUAAUACAUAUAUUUCAAAAUUUUAAUAGAACAUCGAAUUAUUUAUAUAUGAUAAAUUUUCCAUCAAAAUAAAUUAUUGAAAACAGUGAAUAUUUUAUUUUAUAAUAUGAAAUCAUAUUAUAAAAAUAUCCAAAAGCUAAAUCUCAUGUAUCUGUCUAAUUAUAUUGUUUUAAAAUAUUUAAAUAAAAACCCGUGUAAUACGGACACAAAUCUAGAAUUCAAGUAACCUUUUAAGAUCACACUAUAACAUAAAUACCAAAACAAACAACAACAAUUGUUUAUAAUAGAAAUUCCUAACAUUUUCCCGAAGAAAUAUAAUAACUUUGACACAUGGUUCCUCUAAAUUAAAACCUCAUUCUCCAUUAUUUUAUAAACACUCACAGAAAAUGGUAUUAGAAAACUCGAUCUCAUUUUUUUUGAUCGAAUCCGGUUGAUUUAUGUAUUUAUAGUAUUAUAAAACUGAAAAAUUAUAAAAGCUUACAAUUCAGGAUUAAAACAGCAAAAAUACUAAGAAUUCAAUUACUUUUAGUUAUAUAGUUAUAAUUUGGUAUAUGCAACAUAAUCAUACUCACACCCAACUUAACAUAAAAGAAAACUACGAAAUUGCCAAAAUACCACAUUCAUAAUACCACUUUCAUGUUUACACUAACCGCUUUUCCCAUCGUUUUUAAAGAGGGAAAAAAACAUUUAUAACAUUAGGGUUAAUUAAUUUAGACUUAGGAUUUAGAGUUGAGGGGUAGGAUAGAGUUUUUGGAAUGUAAACUUUAGGAUUCUAAUAAAUAAAUACUUAAAAAUAUAUAAAAAUAGUUUCAAAAGAAUUUUCGAUUUUCGAAAAAAAUUUUGAAAAACAAAAUUUGAAAAAAAAUAUUCAAAAAAAGAAAUUUAUAAAAAAAGUUCAAAUUUGAAAAAGUGUAAUUCGAAAACAUAAAAAAAAAUUCAUUAAAAUAGUUAUUAAUUAUAUAUAUAGAGAAAUGGUAUAAAAGUCUUCUGUCUCUUAAUGAAUAAAAUAUUUUGAAAAUGUCACUUUAUUAAUGGUAAACAUAAAUAAUGGUACCAACAAAGUGGUAAACAUGAAAAUUUCCCAACAAAAAUUAACACAAAAUUAUAUAUUUUUUAAAACCCGAUCCAUCAAAUCCUGCGCGUAGCGCGGACCGAACCUAGUAUAAUAUAAACUAUACUAUCUUCGAAAAACAAAACUAUAUGAAGAAAUGUAUAAUAGGUACUUUAGUCGAAGUUUAAGAAUAUUUAUAGUCGAAACCUAUAAAUCUGAGUGACGACCAUCUCAUCUUUAUCGUUUCAUCUCCAUAUCAAGUCUGAGCUUGCGCUCCGAUCAACACCACCGGAUCGACUCCUUCUCCGCCUCAAUUGUCUUCGGCCGGGGCAUGAAGCUUCUUCUGUACAAGUAACCCCCGUCGUGUCCAGCUCUUAAGGUGAGCUCCUCCUCCUGGAAUCCAGCCAUCGUCAGUUUCCAAUCUAUGUCACUUCUGCUGCUUCGUCGCUCCGUCAAAGCUCGAAGUCAGAAGGCUCUCACCAGAAUCCAUGGCCACAAAAAACCUCCUCCCAGGUGUCCAGCGAAGCUAUUUCCGGCGUCGAAUCAAGCCUAGCCGUCGCCGGACGAAGUGCAGCUCGAUCAAAGAGCAACAGUGGUCAAAUUCGAUUAUUUGCACAUCUGGUUUCCAUCAUUUAUAGAUUUUCGGUUUUGACCACAAACUUAAUAAUUUUCAAAGUUCUCCUAAAAUUCAGCUUAAAAUUUGGAAUUGUGCACUCUAGCCUCUGUUAUAUGCUAAGACCAUCUCCAAUGUAUUUCUCUAUUUUUUUCUCUAUAAUAGAGGAACUCUAUAAUAGAAGUGAGUUUCUCUCCAAUGUAUUCCUCUAUUUUUCCCCCUAAAAAGGAAUAUUCUUGGAAGAUUCUUUUUUUUAUUUUACAUUUUACACCUCUAACUUGUAAAUGUUAAAAAUUAACCCAUUCAUUAUAUUUUUUGAAUUUUUUUCAUAAAAUUGCAAUAUUAUUUAAAUUAAACAUUUUAUUACAAAAGACAUUAGACAAAAAAAAUAAAAUAAAGUACCAUUAUCUAACAAUCAUUAUUACUAAAUGUUUCUCAUAAUGAUCAAUUAAUGCAUUUCGGAGUGAGAAAUAAGCUUCUUUAUCUUUGAUUUUUCUGAAUCGACUUAGAAACUCUUGGAAUCGGUUAUUUUCAUUAUCUGGUAUUUGGACAUCCGGAGGUGGAGCUUCUCUUCCAAUUUCAAUCGGUGCAUCGAGAUCACGCUCGUCCUCAAUAAUCAUAUUAUGUAAAAUUAUACAUGUAGUCAUUAUAUCAUGUUGUACUUUUUUUUCCAAAAACGUACAUGCCUUUCACAAUCGCAAAACGUGAUUGUAAAACUCUGAAUGCAUGUUCUACAUCUUUUCUACAUGCUUUUUGUUGUGCUGCAAAUAUUUUUUCUUUGGAGUAUUAAGUUGUUUUAAUAUGUUGUAUUGAUUAAUAUUUAAAUAAGAAGUCUUUGACUUUUAAAUAAAAUAAUAACUUUUUUAUUUUAUUUUAAUUAUAAUUGACUUUUAAAUAAAUAAUAAUUUUUUAUUUUAAUUAUAACUAUAGUUAUAAAAAUUAAUAAUUAGUAUGUAAACAAAAAGGUGUGAUUUUAUAUUGUAAGAAUUGUAUUUCUUCAUACACAAGUAUUUUAGUUACAAUCAUAAAAUGUUUGAGGACUAUUUUGUAAAUAAAAAAGUUUGCCUCUAUUAUAGAGGAAUGCUAUUUUUUCCCCUAAAUAUAGAGGAAAAAAUAGCAAUCUCUAUUUUAGGGGAAGAAAUAAGGAUGGGUUGGAGCUAAUUUUACUCUAGUAUAGCAUUUAGAGGCAAAUAUAGGGAAGGGUUGGAGAUGCUCUAAUGAAGAUAUAAAUAUAAAUUUAAUAUAUAUAUAUAUAUAUACACUUACAAUCUAUAAUGACCUUAAUGAAUAAAAUGAAAUGUUAAAACCCAUAAAAUUAUGAAAUAUCACAUAGAGAGAAUGAGAGAUCUUAUUCAAAAUUAAAACAUCAUAGCACCAUUAGUUGAGACAAUUAUCCAAAUACAAAACAUUUAUGAUUUUCAGAGAAUCUACACAAUCAAAUCAAUAUUUUGCUUUCAAUAAACUGAAAACUAUAAAUAAUUUUCUACAGCAACUCUGAGCUACUUAAUCAUAAAGAAUAUAAGUGAAAAUGAUUUUGUUUUUAUAUAAGAAAAAACUAGAAACAUCUGCAACAAUUUUCUACAUUUAAAACAUUUUUUAGUAAGUUACUGAUAGCGAUUUGGUCUGAGCCGUGAGGCUUAACCGCUGAGUUCCUUGUGCAAUUUUGAGCUAACCGCUGCAGUGUGGUCUAAGCCGCAAGCUACGAAUCCAUUAGAUCAAAUUGUGUAUUUGUUUGUGUUAGUAGGUAAAAAGAUGACCUUCUCCCCGAAAGAAUCUUUUGUCCGUAACUAUUUCUUGAAAUUCUUGCUGUAAGCAAUGCAUUGGUUGGUUUAUGUAUGAAGAGCUAGGCGGGUUGCUAUUGGCAUUAUUUAUGAACAUUAUGAACAUAAAACAUAGUAAAUUACAAGUUUUUUAGUAAUUUCACUCCGCGCAAAAGCGCGGGUCUCUACCUAGUCGAAAAUUAAAGUCUUAAACCAAACACAUUUUUCUAUAAAUUCGUUCGGUGCCAUGAUCGAUCAUCAUUAUGUACGUAUCAAACAUUUCUUCAUGGUCGAUCAUCCUUUGUGUAGGUUGAAAAUUUGCAAUAUCUAUAAGUAUUGGAUGAUCGGCUGGUUCUAAUACCAAGAACCAACUACAUAAUGAUGCAUUCAUGGUGAUGGUGAGAAUGAUAAAGUAAAACGUGGAGCUUUUAAAUUUCAAAAUUUUAGCAAUGUGAAAACUUCAAUGAACCGCGGGUUGAUAAAUUUUUUUUAACAAUCUAAACUGAAUUAGGCGGAAAUGAAAUCAUUAUCUAAAAAUAAUCUUUUAAAUUCGAAUCCGGGCCGAUCAUCCUUUUAAUGUUCACCAUUGGAUUAUCAUCUAGUGACAAAAAAAAAUCAAGAAACAACUGCCUCUAUAAAAUCUAGAAGAAUUGGAUAACAGACGAUCAUACAAAACUUAUAGAUAUUGCAUAAUGGUAUUAUCAGCUUUGUGUGUUUUGAAUUGCUAACAUACGGAGCACAUCUUCAUACAUAAACAUAAACGAAUUCGGGCCGAUCAUCCUUUUAAUGUUCACCAUUGGAUUAUCAUCUAGUGACACAAAGAACCAAGAACCAACUGGCCUCUAUAAAAUCUAGAAGAAUUGGAUAACAGACGAUCAUCCAAUACUUAUACAUAUUGCAUAUAAGUAUUAUCAGCUUUGUGUGUUUUGAAUUGUAAACAUACGGAACACAUCUUUAUAUAAACAUAAAGUUCUUAUUUUGUUUAAAAAAAAAUAAACAUAAAGGACUUGGACUAUAAAUAUUCUAAAGCUCGUCGCUUGUAUUAAACUUGGACGAUAGGCAAUUGGAGAUUCAACACUUUCAUAUUGAAACGCACCGUUUUGCUCUGAGGGGGAUUUUGAGGCGAUUUCGAACUAGGGUUUUGCGGAUGACUGCGGCAGCGCCGCCGGACUCACCUGGCUCUCAGGAGAGGGUUAGGGGUGCUAAGGACAUUGUCGAUGAGGGUUCUACGGUAGGGAAGUCGGAUUUUGAAGCAGUUUCGAAGAAGGAGAUCCCGAGCUGGGUCGAUGUUGCGCAGGAUAAGAAAGUUCUGAAGAAGUUUGAUGUGGAGGUCUCUAACAAGGAUGGUUUACACUCGGUGAUGAUUCCGGAAGAUGCCCUAAAGACUUCGACUCCGCUAUGGGAGGACUUUGUGGUCGGGAAGUUCCUGGACAUAUCUCCUCAUGUGGCGAAGGUUCACAUGGUCUUGAAUAAGAUAUGGAAGUACGGUGAUGCGUCUAUGAAGGUGGAGGUCUAUGAGGUUAAUGCAACAACUAUGAGGUUUCGAGUCUCAAGUCCGAGGGCGAGGGAAAAGAUUCUAAGAAGGGGCAUGUGGAAUAUUGCUGGAGUUCCAAUGGUUGUCACAAAAUGGACUCCGCGAACGGAGGAAGAGAAGCAGGAGGAGGAGGCAUUACCAAUGUGGGUGCAUUUACAAGGGGUUCCGCUUCACAUGUACUCAUGGGAGGGUCUCAGUUUCAUUACAAGUGCUGUGGGGUUUCCAGACAGGUUGCAUCCGGAGACGGUUGCUUGUUCCAAUUUGGAAGUCGCCAAGGUCUUUGCUAAAGUGGAUAUCUCGAAGCCCUUGCCCAAAGAGAUCAACUUUACAAGGAAUGGUAAAGAGUUUGUGGUAGGAUUCCACUACCCCUGGCUCCCAUCUAGGUGUAAGCUAUGUGACAAGUGGGGUCAUACAACAGAGGUGUGUGUGUUGAAAGGGAAAGAAGUGAACCUUCCUCCCAAAGGUAUAUCCACAGAGGAUGAAGUGAGUUUGAAAUCUCUGCACACGCAUAGCGACGUGGAAGUUCAGGUGGAGCAUUUGGAAAUAACUAAGGGAGAUGAGGUACUGGAUGUAGUAGAGACACAACAGGAGAUAGUGAAUGUAGAUGUGGGAGAAAAUGAAGUUGGAGGGGAGACAAACUGGGCGUUAGUCUCUCCAACAAAGGUGGGGCGCUCCCCAGGGAGAACAUCUUGUCAAUCAGAGGAUAUUCAUAUAUCUGUGUCGAAGUUUGCUGUUCUUAGUGUUGAGGAGGAACAAGAGGAGGGUGAAAUUUCAGAAAAGGGUCAAGCGCUUACUGUUGUGAGCAUUCCUGACAGUGAGAGGGGCAUAGUCGAGAACGUGGAGGGUCUCGCUCAACAAUCCCAGGUUGAUCAGGAGUGUGAGGUGAAAGAGACUGGGGCGAAGCGUAAGCAGAGUAAUGUUAAAGGGAUAAAAGAGAAGAAGGUUAAGUCUCAGGAUACUAAUCCUUUGGCAAUGAGCACAAGGUCUUCCUCUCGCCAUCUUUAAUAUGUCGAGUUUUUUUUGGAAUGUGCGGGGGUUUAACAAACGCUUGAAGCAUUCAGUAGUUA